AAAUACCUUGAACAAGCCAAGCGUCAAGCAAAGAUGCUGUUCAAGAAGCAUCGUCUGGCAGAAGCUGCAAGACUGGAAGAGCUUAAACUCAGUGAUGGGACUCCUUCUAUUUACAAACUUCAAAUGAAAGAGGAGCUGAGAAAUGAAAGAAAGAAGAUCGCCAAACAAUCAAUUGGUGAGCCGUGCCAAUGUCAAGAACAAGAACAAGUACUCCUCGUUAUUGGGGCAACUGGAUCAGGUAAAAGCACUUUGAUCAAUGGCAUGGCCAACUACAUCAUGGGGGUCAAAUGGGAAGAUGAUUUCCGUUUCCAGUUGGUGAUAGAUGAUCCAAAAGUGUCCAAGUCGAGAAGUCAAACACAGUAUAUAACUGCUUACACAUUUCACCCUAUGGAAGGUUCAGCAGUGUUCUAUAAAUUAACCGUAAUCGACACACCUGGCUUUGGUGACUCUGAAGGGCUCAAGAGUGACAGAGACAUUGCCAGACAAAUAAAGGAAUUUUUUUCAAUUCCUUCACCAGACGGUAUUCAGCAACUCGAUGGCAUUGCCUUCGUUACCCAGGCUUCCCUUACACGACUUACACCACAUCAGGAGUACAUUUUCAAUUCCGUUUUAUCCAUGUUUGGCAGAGACCUAGGCAAAAAUAUCUUUCUGAUAGUAACAUUUGCAGAUCACGAGAAGCCUCCUAUUCUUCAAGCGCUAAAUGAUGCAAACCUCACAGUUAGCGAUCGGUAUUUCAAGUUUAACAACUCUGCCCUGUUUGCAGACAACAAAAAUGAAGACACCGAAAGCAAUGAUACAUUGAUUUGGAAGAUCAAUUUCCGAGCUUUCGCAGAUAUUUUUACCGAGCUCUCCUCCUCUAAAAGCGUUAGUAUUGAGCUAACAAAGGAGGUGUUGACAAAGCGCGACACGCUACAAACUCUCCUGGAUUAUAUGGUCCAAGACGUCGCCACUGGUGCCAAGAGGGUCGAAAACAUCUGGGAGGGCGAAAGAUGGCACACGGCACAAAAAUGUCAUGUUCGUUUGAAUGAAAUCGCUUUCAGAUCAACUCCAGUGUUCAGUGUGGACCAUUUGCAGUUGCUCAUUGAAUCAGAAAAACAACAAGCCGAGACUGGUCACGCACAGCGCAUAGAAUACCUUGAACAAGCCAAGCGUCAAGCAGAGAUGCUGUUAAAAGAGAAAUAUCGUCUGGCAGAAGCUGCAAGACUGGAAAAGCUUAAACUAAAUGAUGGGACUCCUUCUAUUUACAAACUUCAAAUGAAAGAGGAACUGCUAAACGAAAAAAAGAAGAUUGCUAAACAAUCAAUUGGUGAUCCAGGCCAAUGUCAAGAACAAGAAAAAGUACUCCUCGUUAUUGGGGCAACUGGAUCAGGUAAAAGCACUUUGAUCAAUGGCAUGGCCAACUACAUCAUGGGGGUUAAAUGGGAAGAUGAUUUCCGUUUCCAGUUGGUGAUAGAUGAUCCAAAAGUUUCCAAGUCGAGAAGUCAAACACAGUAUAUCACUGCUUACACAUUUCACCGUAUGGAAGGUUCAGCAGUGUCCUAUAAAUUAACCGUAAUUGACACACCUGGCUUUGGUGACUCUGAAGGGCUCAAGAGUGACAGAGACAUUGCCAAACAAAUAAAGGAAUUUUUUUCAAUUCCUUCACCAGACGGUAUUCACCAACUUGAUGGCAUAGCCUUCGUUACCCGGGCUUCCCUAACACGACUGACACCACAUCAAGAGUACAUUUUCAAUUUCGUUUUAUCCAUGUUUGGCAAAGACCUAGGCAAAAACAUCUUUUUGAUGGUAACAUUUGCAGAUCACCAGAAGCCUCCUAUUCUUCAAGCGCUAAAUGAUGCAAACCUCACAGUAAGCGAUAGGCAUUUCAAGUUUAGUAACUCUGUCCUGUUUGCAGACAAUAAAGAUAAAGACGAACAAAGCUUUGAUGCACUGUGUUGGAAGAUGAGUUUUCAAACCUUCGCAGAUUUUUUUACCGAGCUCUCUUCAGCGAAAAGCAUUGGUAUUGAGCUGACGAAGGAGGUGUUGACCGAGCGUGACAAGCUACAUACUCUCCUGGAACAUAUAGUCCAAGACGUCGCCACUGGUGCCAAGAGGGUCGAAAACAUGCGCGGGGACGAAAAAUGGCACACGGCGCAAAAUUGCCAUGUUCGUUUGUAUGAAAUUGCUCUCAAAUCAAAUCCAGUUUUCAACGUUGACCAUUUGCAGUUGCUCAUUGAAGCAGAAAAACAACGAGCCAAAACAGGUCACGCACAGCGCAUAGAAUACCUUGAACAAGCCAAGCGUCAAGCAGAGAUGCUGUUAAAGAACAAGCACUGUCUGGCGGAAACUGCAAGACUCGCAAAGUUGAAACUAAAUGAUGGGACUCCUUCUAUUUACAAACUUCAAAUGAAAGAGGAACUAAGAAAUGAAAAAGAGAAGAUUACCAAACAAUCAAUUGGCGAUCCAGGCCAAUGUCAAGAACAAGAAAAAGUACUCCUCGUUAUUGGGGCGACUGGAUCAGGUAAAAGCACUUUGAUCAAUGGCAUGGCCAACUACAUCAUCGGAGUCAAAUGGGAAGAUGAUUUCCGUUUCCAGUUGGUGAUAGACGAUCCAAAAGUGUCCAAGUCGAGAAGUCAAACACAGUAUAUCACUGCUUACACAUUUCACCCUAUGGAAGGUUCAGCAGUGUCCUAUAAAUUAACCGUAAUUGACACACCUGGCUUUGGUGACUCUGAAGGGCUCAAGAGUGACAGAGACAUUGCCAAACAAAUAAAGGAAUUUUUUUCAAUCCCUUCACCAAACGGUAUUCAGCAACUCGAUGGCAUAGCCUUCGUUACCCGGGCUUCCCUAACACGACUGACACCACAUCAAGAGUACAUUUUCAAUUUCGUUUUAUCCAUGUUUGGCAAAGACCUAGGCAAAAACAUCUUUUUGAUGGUAACAUUUGCAGAUCACGAGAAGCCUCCUACUCUUCAAGCGCUAAAUGAUGCAAACCUCACAGUAAGCGAUAGGCAUUUCAAGUUUAGUAACUCUGUCCUGUUUGCAGACAAUAAAGAUAAAGACGAACGAAGCCUUGAUGCACUGUGUUGGAAGAUGAGUUUUCAAGCCUUCGCAGAUUUUUUUACCGAGCUCUCUUCAGCGAAAAGCAUUGGUAUUGAGCUGACGAAGGAGGUGUUGACCGAGCGUGACAAGCUACAUACUCUCUUGGAACAUAUAGUCCAAGACGUCGCCACUGGUGCCAAGAGGGUCGAAAACAUGCGCGGGGACGAAAAAUGGCACACGGCGCAAAAUUGCCAUGUUCGUUUGUAUGAAAUUGCUCUCAAAUCAAAUCCAGUUUUCAGCGUGGACCAUUUGCAGUUGCUCAUUGAAUCAGAAAAACAACGAGCCGAAACAGGUCACGCACAGCGCAUAGAAUACCUUGAACAAGCCAAGCGUCAAGCAGAGAUGCUGUUAAAGAACAAGCACUGUCUGGCGGAAACUGCAAGACUCGCAAAGUUGAAACUAAAUGAUGGGACUCCUUCUAUUUACAAACUUCAAAUGAAAGAGGAACUGAGAAAUGAAAAAAAGAAGAUUACCAAACAAUCAAUUGGCGAUCCAGGCCAAUGUCAAGAACAAGAGAAAGUACUCCUCGUUAUUGGGGCGACUGGAUCAGGCAAAAGCACUUUGAUCAAUGGCAUGGCCAACUACAUCAUGGGGGUCAAAUGGGAAGAUGAUUUCCGUUUCCAGUUGGUGAUAGACGAUCCAAAAGUGUCCAAGUCGAGAAGUCAAACACAGUAUAUCACUGCUUACACGUUUCACCCUAUGGAAGGUUCAGCAGUGUCCUAUAAAUUAACCGUAAUUGACACACCUGGCUUUGGUGACUUUGAAGGGCUCAAGAGGGACAAAGAUAUUGCCGUGCAAAUUAAGGAGUUCUUUUCAAUUCCUCCACCAAACGGUGUCCACCACCUCGAUGGCAUUGCCUUCGUUACCCGGGCUUUCUGUACACGACUUACACUACAUCAGGAGUACAUUUUCAAUUCCGUUUUAUCCAUGUUUGGCAAAGACCUAGGCAAAAACAUCUUUUUGAUGGUAACAUUUGCAGAUCACCAGAAGCCUCCUAUUCUUCAAGCGCUAAAUGAUGCAAACCUCACAGUAAGCGGCAGGUGUUUCAAGUUCAACAACUCUGUCCUGUUUGCAGACAAUAAAGAUAAAGACGAACGAAGCCUUGAUGCACUGUGUUGGAAGAUGACUUUUCAAGCCUUCGGAGAUUUUUUUACCGAGCUCUCUUCAGCGAAAAGCAUUGGUAUUGAGCGGACGAAGGAGGUGUUGACCGAGCGCGACAAGCUACAUACUCUCCUGGAACAUAUGGUCCAAGACGUCUCCACUGGUGCCAAGAGGGUCGAAAACAUGCACGAGGAUGAAAGAUGGCACGCGGCGCAAAAUUGCUAUUUUCGUUUGUAUGAAAUUGCUCUCAAAUCAGAUCCAGUGUUCAACGUGGACCAUUUGCAAUUGCUCAUUGAAUCAGAAAAACAACAAUUUGAAACUGGUUACGAACAGCGCAUAGAAUACCUUGAACAAGCCAAGCGUCAAGCAGAGAUGCUGUUAAAGAACAAGCACUGUUUGGCGGAAGCUGCAAGACUCGCAAAGUUAAAAGUAAAUGAUGGGACUCCUUCUAUUUACAAACUUCAAGUGAGAGAGGAGCUGAAAAAUGAAAGAAAGAAUAUUGCCAAACAAUCAAUUGGUGAGCCAUGCCAAUGUCAAGAACAAGAAAAAGUACUCCUCGUUAUUGGGGCAACUGGAUCAGGUAAAAGCACUUUGAUCAAUGGCAUGGCCAACUACAUCAUGGGGGUCAAAUGGGAAGAUGAUUUCCGUUUCCAGUUGGUGAUAGAUGAUCCAAAAGUCUCCAAGUCGAGAAGUCAAACACAGUAUAUCACUGCUUACACGUUUCACCCUAUGGAAGGUUCAGCAGUGUCCUAUAAAUUAACCGUAAUCGACACACCUGGCUUUGGUGACUCUGAAGGGCUCAAGAGUGACAAAGAUAUUGCCAGACAAAUAAAGGAAUUUUUUUCAAUCCCUUCACCAGACGGUAUUCAGCAACUCGAUGGCAUUGCCUUCGUUACCCGGGCUAACCUUACACGACUUACACCACAUCAGGAGUACAUUUUCAAUUCCGUUUUAUCCAUGUUUGGCAAAGACCUAGGCAAAAACAUCUUUUUGAUGGUAACAUUUGCAGAUCACGAGAAGCCUCCUAUUCUUCAAGUGCUAAAUGAUGCAAACCUCACAGUAAGCGAUAGGCAUUUCAAGUUUAACAACUCUGCCCUGUUUGCAGACAACAAAAAUGAAGACGAGGUAAGCUUUGAUGCAUUAUUUUGGAAGAUGAAUUUCCGAGCUUUCGGACAAUUCUUUACGCAGCUCUCUUCCUCUAAAAACGAUGGCAUUGAGCUAACAAAGGAGGUGUUGAGCGAGCGUGACAAGCUACAAUCUCUCCUGGAACAUAUAGUCCAAGACGUUGCCAAUGGUGCCAAGAGGGUCCAAAACGUGCGCGAGGAUGAAAGAUGGCAAACUGCGCAAAAUUGCCAUGUUCGUUUGAACGAAAUUGCUCUCAAAUCAAAUCCAGUUUUCAACGUGGACCAUUUGCAGUUGCUCAUUAAUUCAGAAAAACAACAAGCAGAAAUUGGUCACCUACAGCGCGUAAAAUACCUUGAAGAAGCCAAGCGUCAAGCAGAGAUGCUGUUCAAGAAGCAUCGUCUGGCAGAAGCUGCAAGACUGGAAGAGCUUAAACUCAGUGAUGGGACUCCUUCUAUUUACAAACUUCAAAUGAAAGAGGAACUUACAAAUGAGAGAAAGAAGAUUGCCAAACGAUCAAUUGGUGAACCAGGCCAAUGUCAAGGAAAGGAAAAAGUACUCCUCGUUAUUGGGGCAACUGGAUCAGGUAAAAGCACUUUGAUCAAUGGCAUGGCCAACUACAUCAUGGGGGUCAAAUGGGAAGAUGAUUUCCGUUUCCAGUUGGUGAUAGAUGAUCCAAAAGUCUCCAAGUCGAGAAGUCAAACACAGUAUAUCACUGCUUACACGUUUCACCCUAUGGAAGGUUCAGCAGUGUCCUAUAAAUUAACCGUAAUCGACACACCUGGCUUUGGUGACUCUGAAGGGCUCAAGAGUGACAAAGAUAUUGCCAAACAAAUAAAGGAAUUUUUUUCAAUCCCUUCACCAAACGGUAUUCAGCAACUCGAUGGCAUUGCCUUCGUUACCCGGGCUAACCUUACAAGACUUACACCACAUCAGGAGUACAUUUUCAAUUCCGUUUUAUCCAUGUUUGGCAAAGACCUAGGCAAAAACAUCUUUUUGAUGGUAACAUUUGCAUAUCACGAGAAGCCUCCUAUUCUUCAAGCGCUAAAUGAUGCAAACCUCACAGUAAGCGAUAGGCAUUUUAAGUUUAACAACUCUGCCCUGUUUGCAGACAACAAAAAUGAAGACGAGGUAAGCUUUGAUGCAUUAUUUUGGAAAAUGAAUUUCCGAGCUUUCGGACAAUUUUUUACCCAGCUCUCUUCCUUUAAAAGCGAUGGCAUUGAGCUAACAAAGCAGGUGUUGACCGAGCGCGACAAGCUACAUACUCUCCUGGAACAUAUGGUCCAAGACGUUGCCAAUGGUGCCAAGAGGGUCCAAAACAUGGGCGAGGAUGAAAGCUGGCAAACGGCGAAGAAUUGCCAUGUUCGUUUGAACGAAAUUGCUCUCAAAUCAAAUCCAGUUUUCAACGUGGACCAUUUGCAGUUGCUCAUUAAAUCAGAAAAACAACAAGCAGAAAUUGGUCACCUACAGCGCGUAAAAUACCUUGACGAAGCCAAGCGUCAAGCAGAGAUGCUGUUCAAGAAGCAUCGUCUGGCAGAAGCUGCAAGACUGGAAGAGCUUAAACUCAGUGAUGGGACUCCUUCUAUUUACAAACUUCAAAUGAAAGAGGAACUUACAAAUGAGAGAAAGAAGAUUGCCAAACGAUCAAUUGGUGAACCAGGCCAAUGUCAAGGAAAGGAAAAAGUACUCCUCGUUAUUGGGGCAACUGGAUCAGGUAAAAGCACUUUGAUCAAUGGCAUGGCCAACUACAUCAUGGGGGUCAAAUGGGAAGAUGAUUUCCGUUUCCAGUUGGUGAUAGAUGAUCCAAAAGUCUCCAAGUCGAGAAGUCAAACACAGUAUAUCACUGCUUACACGUUUCACCCUAUGGAAGGUUCAGCAGUGUCCUAUAAAUUAACCGUAAUCGACACACCUGGCUUUGGUGACUCUGAAGGGCUCAAGAGUGACAAAGAUAUUGCCAAACAAAUAAAGGAAUUUUUUUCAAUCCCUUCACCAAACGGUAUUCAGCAACUCGAUGGCAUUGCCUUCGUUACCCGGGCUAACCUUACACGACUUACACCACAUCAGGAGUACAUUUUCAAUUCCGUUUUAUCCAUGUUUGGCAAAGACCUAGGCAAAAACAUCUUUUUGAUGGUAACAUUUGCAGAUCACGAGAAGCCUCCUAUUCUUCAAGUGCUAAAUGAUGCAAACCUCACAGUAAGCGAUAGGCAUUUCAAGUUUAACAACUCUGCCCUGUUUGCAGACAACAAAAAUGAAGACGAGGUAAGCUUUGAUGCAUUAUUUUGGAAGAUGAAUUUCCGAGCUUUCGGACAAUUCUUUACGCAGCUCUCUUCCUCUAAAAACGAUGGCAUUGAGCUAACAAAGGAGGUGUUGAGCGAGCGUGACAAGCUACAAUCUCUCCUGGAACAUAUAGUCCAAGACGUUGCCAAUGGUGCCAAGAGGGUCCAAAACGUGCGCGAGGAUGAA